AUGGACACCUUCAACUGGUCUUACCAUUCCAUUGCCGGCGCUUACUUGCUGGGCAUGACACCACACUUGAUCUACUACCUCAAAGCCAUGAAAACUGGCAAAUAUACUAACCUCAUGCCAAGAAACGCCCUCGACACACUCCGUGGCGUUAUCCCUGCUGAACAAUGGAACAAGCUCUUCAAGCUCAGAAGCCUCCAUAUGAAUGCCAUGGAGAGCAUCCCCCUUUUUGCUGCUACUAUUAUUGCGGGUAACAUCGCCAAGCUUCCAGUCAGCGAGCUCAAUUAUCUUGCGGCUGAAUACAUCGGAUGCCGUGUAGCCUUUGCGGCUUUGUACAUUGGAGCUGGAUCGGAAUUCACAAGCUACCUGAGAUCCGGCGUCUGGUUCUACAGCCUUGCACGCCUUCUAUAUACCCUGGUUAAGUCCGGAAAUGCUGUUUCCGGUCUCCUCUAA